AUGGCUAUGAACAUCACAAAAGGUACCAGAGCUCUUGGAGCUCUGAGGCCUCUGGCAGCUCGUUCUGCCCUCAAUGCGCGCCAGUAUUCAACUUCCGAACCUGACCUCAAGACCACACUAAAGAGCGUCAUUCCCGCCAAGCGGGAACUUCUGAAGAAGGUCAAGGCACACUCGUCCAAGGUCAUUGGGGAGGUCAAGGUCGAGAAUACUCUUGGUGGCAUGCGAGGCCUCAAGGCCAUGGUUUGGGAGGGAUCUGUCUUGGAUGCGAAUGAGGGCAUUCGGUUUCACGGUAGAACCAUCAAGGAUUGUCAAAAGGAGCUCCCCAAGGGAAAGACUGGAACAGAAAUGUUGCCCGAGGCCAUGUUCUGGCUUCUUCUUACAGGCCAGGUCCCGUCCACAAGCCAGGUUCGCCAAUUCUCCCGCGAAUUGGCUGAGCAAGCUCAGUUGCCCGCCUUUGUCAACAAGCUUCUCGACGAUUUCCCCACAGACCUGCAUCCAAUGACCCAAUUUGCCAUUGCCGUCUCUGCUCUCAACUACACCUCCAAGUUUGCAAAGGCCUACGAGCAGGGUAUCAACAAGGCUGACUACUGGGAGCCUACUUUCGACGACUCUAUCUCGCUGCUGGCCAAGCUGCCCACGAUCGCUGCCAAGAUCUACCAGAACUCCUACCGUGGCGGCGGCGCUCUGCCCGCAGAAGUAGACCUGGAGCAGGAUUGGUCUUACAACUUUGCUGCCAUGCUUGGGAAGGGUGGCAAGGCGAAUGAGAACUUCCAAGAUCUCCUCAGACUGUAUCUCGCGCUCCACGGGGACCAUGAGGGCGGUAACGUUUCCGCCCACGCCACUCACCUAGUUGGCAGCGCCCUUAGCGAUCCUUUCCUAAGCUACAGCGCUGGUCUUCAAGGUCUCGCGGGUCCUCUUCAUGGACUUGCCGCGCAAGAGGUUCUUCGGUGGAUUCUACAGAUGAAGGACAACAUUCCCUCGUCUUACUCUGACAAAGACGUCACAGAUUACCUGUGGUCCACCCUCAACUCCGGCAGAGUUGUCCCUGGCUACGGCCACGCUGUCCUGCGGAAACCCGACCCUCGGUUCGAGGCUCUGAUGGAUUAUGCCGCCGCUCGACCUGAGAUCGCACAAGACCCCGUCUUCCAACUGGUGGAAAAGAACAGUCGAAUUGCCCCCGAAGUGCUCAAGAAGCACGGCAAGACCAAGAACCCUUACCCCAACGUCGACUCAAGCUCUGGAGUCCUCUUCCAUCACUAUGGCUUCCACGAGACUCUGUACUACACCGCCACCUUUGGUGUCUCCCGUGGCUUGGGACCCCUUGCUCAAUUGAUCUGGGACCGAGCAUUGGGACUGCCCAUUGAGCGGCCCAAGAGCAUUAACCUGGAAGGUCUUCUUAAGCAAGCUGAGAGCUCGUGA